UUCCCCACCCUCAAUUCCGAAAAGUUAGAAAAGUGUCUUGAGAAAACAUGGCGGAGUAAUCCCAGUCCUUCUGAGAAAUUUUUACCGAUGCAUCUUGACAAACCGAGAAACUCCCCUACCAUGUAGCGCGAUUGCAGAUUAAAGAAAAAUCUGAGAGUGGAUGAGUUUUCUCACCUCUCUCUGCUGCCCCCUGCAGGAUGGAGGCCUCAUGUCUGGAACUGGCUCUGGAAGGUGAGCGCCUGUGUAAAGUGGGGGAUUACCAUGCGGGCGUGUCCUUUUUUGAAUCUGCCAUCCAGGUGGGCACAGAAGACCUGCAGAUUCUGAGCGCCAUCUACAGUCAGCUGGGCAAUGCCUACUUCCACCUGCAUGAAUAUAAUAAAGCACUGGAAUACCAUCGGCAUGAUCUCACCCUCACCAGAACUAUUGGAGAUCAGCUGGGAGAGGCUAAAGCUAGCGGUAACCUUGGAAACACGUUAAAAGUUCUUGGCCGCUAUGACGAAGCAGCAGUUUGUUCCCAAAGACACCUGGACAUUUCCAGAAUGCUCCGUGACAAGGUGGGGCAGGCUCGGGCGCUGUAUAAUUAUGGGAAUGUGUACCACGCCAAAGGGAAGAACAUAUGUUGGAGUGGUAUGGACCCAGGGGAAUUUCCGGAGGAGGCACGCAUCGCUCUAAAGAAAGCAACUGAGUACUACGAAGGGAAUCUGGCCAUUGUGAAAGAGUUGGGGGACAGAGCAGCACAAGGCAGGACCUACGGUAACCUUGGCAACUCGCAUUACUUGCUCGGAAACUUCCAGGAUGCUGUUCUUGCCCAUGAACAGCGUCUCCUUAUUGCAAAGGAGUUUGGUGACAGGGCAGCAGAGAGGAGAGCGUACUGCAACCUUGGAAAUGCGUACAUAUUCCUUGGGCAGUUUGAGGUCGCAGCAGAACAUUACAAGCAAACGCUGCAGUUGGCCCGUCAGUUGAAGGACAGAGCGGUGGAAGCUCAGGCCUGUUACAGUCUGGGCAACACCUACACACUCCUGCGGGACUACGAGAGAGCCAUAGACUACCACCUCAAGCAUCUCAUCAUUGCUCAGGACUUAAAGGACAGGAUUGGAGAAGGGAGGGCAUGCUGGAGUUUAGGGAAUGCUUACACAGCACUGGGAAACCACGAGCAGGCCAUAAGCUUUGCCGAUAAACAUCUGGAGAUCUCUAAAGAGAUUGGAGACCGCAGUGGAGAGCUGACAGCCAGAAUGAACGUAUCUGAUCUGCAGCUGGUUUUGGGUCUCAAAAAAAACAAUUCAAACACAAACAGCUUUACUGAGAGUCCCCCAGGUGACAACAGUCCGACUGGUGGACGAUCCAGAGGUAGCCGAAGACACAGCAUGGAGAACCUGGAGCUCAUGAAGCUGAGCUCUGACAAAAAUAUGGGGCAGACCUGUGAGGAGAAUACCACCGACCAACAAACCAAAUCACCAACCAAAUCAUCCAUAGCCAAGACUUCCUCCAAGCUUUUCUUCAUCAAUCGCUUCAGAGGGAAAAAACACAAGUUGAAUGGAUCUAAUCCCAAUACAACAUCAGAGAAUAGCAGCACGUCUUCAGCUCCUUUAGAAACACAGUUUGCACCAAACACUCUGGGUGAUGAUGGCUUUUUUGACCUUCUAAGCCGCUUCCAGGGCAGCCGCAUGGAUGACCAAAGGUGCUCUUUAGAGGACGGCAUAAGCCGUGUUCCUGCCCCCUCCUCUCCCUGUGAAACCCCGCCUGUAGCCUUGAGGAAAUCUAUUUCUGUGUCCGAAGCGGAGGCCUCAUCACAACCUGCGCAUUUCCUAGAUUUGCUGGCCAGCUCUCAAAGCCGUCAGCUGGACGAGCAGAAGGCCACUAUGGACAGUCUCCCGGGUCUCCGGCUGGACCAGCGCCAAAGCCAGGAUGUUCUCAGCAAACUCAUGGCCUCUGCUGAUGCCAAGGAAUCAGAUGAAGACUUCUUUGACAUGUUGAUUAAGUGCCAGGGAUCCAGACUGGAUGAUCAAAGGUGUGCUCCUCCACCUCCCCCAACCAGAGGCCCCACAGUCCCAGACGAAGACCUCUUCAGUCUCAUCCUUCGCUCCCAGGCCAAACGAAUCGAUGAGCAGCGAGUUAUCUUACCUUCAGACACAAGACCCUUUCAGUCCUGACUGAACUUCUCUUUAUAAAGCCUGGGACAGAGUCUCCAUGAGACAAAAAAGGAAGUUUUAGGACCUUGGGGCCUCGAUGAAGUCUCACUGAGUCUUACUCAUGAACCUAUGACUUGUUUCAGCACAUUGACAGUCAAACUCUACAAGAUGUUUCCGUUCUUGCUCAACAUGAAGACUUUUUGUAGAAGUAGAUCAAUUAAGUUCAAUAGUUUACAUUUAAUUUGUGCAGAAUAGAGAUAUGUUUCUUCUGGAUCAGACCAACACCACAAUCUCUUUCUCAGGGAUGUAAUAUGAUGCACUGAAAUGCAUUUCAUUUACCUGGAUAACUGGAUGGAUUUUGGACACAAUCAUCUGAUACUGGACAGUACAUUUAGACUCCAUUUUAUAUUUUUAACACUAAAUGUUGUAUAAUUUCCAGUUAUCAGGCUUUUUUAAAGUUUUUGGCUUUCUCUGACUUGAAAUUUGUUUUGUAUUAUCUUUUAAUACUGGAAAAUUAAAUGUUAUAAAUCAGUGUUUUUUUUAAGGUUUUGGAAACCAACAAGCUGUCUUCAAAUGUCUAGGGGUUAAAUGUGAACAUAGAAUAAUUUGUUCUGAAAAAGGAUAAACAAGACAAGAAUGUAAUGCUCUGUUUAAAUGGCUGAGGAAUAAAGCCUCUUUUUAAUA